UGAGCAUCCUAGCCCGGGCUAACACGUCGCAGACACGGCGGAUUGCUCGGUGUUCCUCCGCCUGUCAGACACCUUGAACCGUUCCCCCACACCUCUCGCGGCUACGUUAACAUUUCUCUCGGUAGAAACUCUGGGAGGGAGUCCGAAUGAAACGCCCAAGCACGGUCGGACAGACAGACGGGCUCCGGGGCUGGCGGUGGCGGUCUGAGUACCGCAGCCUUGCGGUAGCGGUGUAGCCAGGCUAAGGGGGCUAAAAGCCGCGGUGUGGGACGAGUCGGCAAGAAAGACGGUUAACGGCCACGCUAACCCGGCGGCUAGCCUCGCACAGCAGACGGGUUAUUUUUGGCACGGCUGCUGGGGGCAACACAUGCCCAGUGUUUCCCCCACAUUAUCCGCAGCAGAGCUGUCAGUGCGGACGGAGCCAGCAGAUACAGCUAGUGCGGCGGCGGCGGCGGAGGGAGGAACUGGGAUCCCCAUUAGCAGCUACCUGAGGAGGCUUCCACAACAUUUCACCGCAAAACCAAACAAAGAGAAGCGACUGGUAAAUGCUGAGGCCCAGCUGAAAACAUGGACCUAAAUUUUUACUCGGAUUUAACAGACGGAACCGGGCAGCACGACGCUGAUCCAGAGUUCUUGGACCCGCAUGCCUUCAAUGGAUUUGACUCUGACAGCAAGUUCCCUGGCGGCAGCGAAAACUACCUGUCGAUUCCUGGGUCCGGCCAUCCUUUCCUCUCUUCCGCCGAGACGUUCCACACCCCCAGCCUCGGCGAUGAGGAGUUCGAGAUCCCGCCCAUCUCUCUGGACCCGGACUCGGCGCUCACCGUGUCCGACGUGGUGUCUCAUUUCGGCGAGCUGUCGGACGCCGGCGGCGCAGACGGCAUGGUGGUACCGGGGAACGCCGUGGUGGAAGGGGACGACCCGUCCUUCGCCGCCCCCUACGUCAGCGCUCCCUCGCAGGGCUUGGAGCACCUGACCCUGGGGGUCAUGAACCAGUCGGGAGGAAGCGCUCUGCUGGGCUCCUCAUUGGGGAUGGAUCUGGGCCACCCCAUUGGAUCUCAGUUCAGCAGCUCAUCUCCGGUGACCAUAGACGUCCCGUUGGGUGACAUGGGCCAGGGGUUACUGGGGUCCAGCCAGCUGACCACUAUCGACCAAUCGGAGCUGAGCGCUCAGCUGGGGCUCGGUCUAGGAGGAGGCAACAUGUUGCAGCGACCCCAGUCACCCGAGAAUCCGUUGUCGGCAACGGCGUCGCCCACCAGCUCGCUGCAGGACGACGACAUGGACGACUUUAGACGGAGCGUGCUAGUCGAGUCUCCGGUGUCUCUGGCUGUUUCGCCCGGCGUCAUCUCACUCGAUUCCUCCAUGUCGGAGUGCCCCGUCUCUGCGUCCACUUCCAGCGUCUCCUCUGCCGUCGGACGGAGAGGAGCAGCAGCACCAGCAGGUGGAGGAGGAGGAGGAGGAGGAGGAGGAAAGAAGGGGAGGAAGAAGAAAGACCCCAACGAGCCUCAGAAACCCGUGUCGGCCUACGCUUUGUUCUUCAGGGACACGCAGGCGGCCAUUAAAGGCCAGAACCCCAACGCUACGUUCGGAGAAGUCUCUAAGAUCGUGGCGUCCAUGUGGGACAGUUUGGGAGAGGAACAAAAACAAGUUUACAAAAGGAAAAAUGAUGCAGCAAAGAAGGAAUACUUGAAAGCACUAUCAGAGUACAGAGCCAACAAAAACUCCCAGGCUCCCAUUGAAGUCAUGGAAACCGAACCAUCGCCACCGCCCGCUCCUCCUUCUCCUCCGGUGGUCACUCCCGCCUCCACUUCCGCCCCGCGACCCUCCAGGUCCCAGCACUACAACCCCGAGGAAAACACCAUCACCAACAUCUGCACCUCCAACAUCAUCCUGGACCUGCCUCACGUCACCACGCGGUCCCGCACCGGCGCCAAGCCCCUGGCCCCGGCUCCGAGCCCCACCCCUAACCCUCCCACCGUCACCAAGAUCAUCAUCAAGCAGACGCCGCUUCCGUCCGGCGGCGUCUCCAUCACCAGCACCACCGCCUCCUCGCCGCGCCAGCCGCCCCCGCUGCAGCAAAUGCAGAGCACCCCGCCGCCGCCCAGACUGCAGCAGGCUCCGCCCCCUCUGCAAGCCAAGCCUCGGGGCGGCGGCGCUCCCGCGGCCACCGCUCCGCCUCCCCUGCAGAUCAAAGUGGUUCCCUCGUCGCGGCAGCAAGACUCGGCCACGCCCAUCAUAGUGACGGCAGCCGGCGACGCCGGCAGCAAAUUGACGUCCACGUCGGGCGUGACGAUGGAUGUGGGGCAAUCGGACGCCGUGGUGAUGGCAGGGGAGGAGGUGGCAGAAGCGGAGGAAGGGAUGGAGGUGGAGGUGAACGUGACGCCGGGUCUGAGUGUGACCGCCGCGCAGGCCCCGACCAUCUGCAUGCGCGCCGGCUGCAACAAGCCGGCGGUGGAGAGCGAAGACUGGGACAAGGAGUACUGCAGCAACGAGUGUGUCGCCACACACUGCAGAGACGUUUUCAUGGCCUGGUGCGCCAUCCGAGGGUCAAACUCCACCACCGUCACAUAGAGAACGGAAACGAUGCCACACAAACGGGACUAAAUACUACAAAUGAACUGCAAACAAAACACGUGCGACUGACUCGGGUGUCGGCUGGUAAAUGGUUCGUUGUUGGGUUUUUUUUUUGUUUGUUUUUCUUUCUUACGCUCACAUCAUCUCGGGGACAAGAACAAAGACCUCACAGUGGCAGGCGGGUGGAAGUCGCCUCCGGUUUCCUGUUUUGCAAGCACUGGAUUCGUUCACGCAGACGGACGAGGACGGAUGGCUAGCGCCGCUCCGCGUAUUUCAUGUUGAUCAUGUAUUGUGAAUUGGAAGAGAGUAAAAAAAAAAAAAAAAAGAGGAAAAUGAACUUGAUAAAACGAGGAACAUUUUAUAUGAACAUGGUGGUGUUUUUAAUUAUUUUCAAAAAAGGAAAAAAUAAGGAAAGUGACAUGUGGGGGGGAGGGAACCUGCUGAUGCAUUUAUUUUAUUCGUCUGUGCUCUUCCCUUUACUCAUACAAGGACGACAGGAUCAUUGUGAACGAAUUCUGGGAGUUUUGGACGAUUCGGUCUUCUCGUCAUCUGCGCUAAUGUAGACAUUUGGGAAACCGACAACCACGCCAAGCACAAACCAUCUCCAGAUCGUGCAAGAAGGAGUUAAACGUGGCGGGCGAAAAGGGAGCCUACCUGGAAUGGAAUUCUGUCAAAACACAUUUUUAAAAGACAACUUUUGACCAACUUUCCAUAAGUGAACGGCUGCUGGUCAGAAACACAAAACGGGUGCUAACGUCUGCUUCGACCCUGUACAUUUGAGCUUUUGGAACGUGUGCUGCGUAGUUUGCAUAUAAAGAUUUGUGAUCAUUUCUGGAUGGAAUUAGAAAUGCCAGUAUGAAAUAAACACACCAGCUCUAACAGCAGCAUUUGCUGUAAA